AUGUCCGUUGAAUGUGUUAUCAAGGCCGCAAUGGGUGUUGAAACAAACACAAACUUUGAUGCUAACGUUACUAUUGCAAGUCUACGCCCUCGUUUCUAUGCAAUGACAGGCUACGAACCAUCUUCAAUGAAAAUUAAAGUAAAUGGCAAUCUUAUUGAAGAUGAAUCAUUGCCUUUAAGUACAUACGCAACAGGAUCACCACUUGUAAUUGAAAUCUCUGGUAAAUCAGAGUUUGGUGACUUGAAUGAUGUAAAUGCUGUUAAAAAGUAUGAAAUUAGCGACGCAGACUAUGAUCACCGUACAGGCACAAUACGUGAAAUGAAGCGUAAGGCCGGUAUUCCUGUUAAAGGAGAAGUUCAUCAUAAGUAUGAUGACGUUCCACAAGGUAUUGAAGUAGGAAACCGCUGCCAAAUAGAGAUGUCUGAUCAUUCACACCAUCGUGGUUGCGUCAGAUACGUUGGAAAGGUAGAAAAGAGUAAUGGCUAUUGGAUUGGCGUUCAAUUAGAUGAGCCAUAUGGAAAGAAUGAUGGUUCUCUCGAUGGAAAACGCUACUUUGAAUGUGAAAACAAAUAUGGCGUUUUCGUUCGUGCUGAAAAGGUAGAGGUUGGAGAUUUCCCUGAGAUUGAUUGGGAAGCUGAACUCGAAGACGAGAUGUAA